CAAUUAUAACUUCAAAACUCUUUUUUCUUUGGUUAACUAUGUCAAUUGUAAAUACUAAAUAGUACUCCGAACAACUAUUUUGGAUUUAAAGUUUGAUUGAAUUAAUAUUACGUUUUGACAUAAAAGAAGACUUUCUUUUUUUGGGGUUUUAUUUUCCUAGAUUAGAAGCCUACGAUUACCCAAUGGGUUUAUCUUCAAUUGGUGUUAAGAUAACAUAGCCAGAAGAAAUCGGAGAAAAAGGUAGCUUGACCUAACUUGGCGGACCAGAAACAGACAACUGCAACGAUGGCUAUGUCCGAUCUUCCAAGGGAUUUGUUGGAGGGGAUACUCUCUAGGGUUCCGGUACAGUCCACCAAAGCAGUUAGGUCUACUUGCAAAAACUGGAACACUUUAUCCUACGAUCAGAGCUUUACGAAGAAGCUCAAAACGUUAGCAAUUAAGGAUAAUGAGCUCCUGGUGGUCAUGAUGAUGGAUUACAAGGUUUAUUUAAUGAGUGUUAAUCUCCAUGGAAUUCACAAAGACGACGACAACGUUAAAUCAUGUAUAAUUCAUAAAGCUAAACUCGUUCGCCUAAACGAUGAUGCGGAUCAUGGAGUUGAUAUUAUUUCUAGUGUCUUUCACUGCGACGGUUUAUUGCUAUGCAUCACCCAUGAGCAUGACAUAAGAUUUACUCUGGUGGUUGGGAAUCCUUAUUGUGGGCAAUUCAGGUCGAUCAAACUCAGAGCGGAUCCCAAGUUAUUUGACAGGUACGCUCUUGGAUACGAGAAGAACGACUCGUUUCGUAACUACAAAAUCUUGAGACGUUAUGAUAAACGCUUGUCUAUAUUUAAUGAGUUUGAUAUCUACAAUUUUAACUCUGGUUCUUGGAAGGUUUUUCAUUUGGCGCUGGAUUGGAAAAUCCCGUAUUUUCAACUCGGCGUGUCUCUCAAGGGAAAUACUUAUUGGUUUGCUAGAGAGAUGUGUAUAGCAGAAGAAGGAAGACUAAGAACAGAUCUCCCUAGUUUCUUGAUCUGUUUUGAUUUUACAACUGAGAGAUUUGGACAGCGUCUUCGUCUGCCCUUUGACUCUUAUUGUGAUCAGGAUACUGUGACUCUCUCUAGUGUUAGAGAAGAACAGCUUGCCGUGUUAUUUAAGGGCAAGGAUACAUUGAGGAUGGAGAUACGGGUUACGAAUAAGAUUGACCCUGGAGAAGCGUUGUGGAACAAGUUGUUCUUAGCGGUUAAUCUGCCAUCACUCACUGGUCCUCAGUAUUUACAUUGGGCUAGGAGUUUCUUGAUUGACGAGAAGAAGAAUAUCGUUGUAGUUCUUGGUAAAAAUGCAUCGAACCCUACACGCAACCUAGCUUAUGUUGUUGGAAAUUAUGGAUACUUUAAACAAGUGUAUCUUGGAGUAUCUACACAAAAAUUUUGUUACCCACUUGUGUGCUCUUAUGUUCCAAGUUCAGUGCAAAUCAAGCAAGACGUACGAAGGAGCAGCGACAUCAAAGCGUCUUGGCUGAAACGUUUCUUUAAUUUUAAUGCAUCUUUGCGAGUUAUAUUUAUGUUUUAAAUAGACUCUUCUAAGGCAAUAUAAUACCUAAUCUAUGUGUGUUUACUGUUUCCUUUUGGUCACCAUAGCCUCUUCUUGUCUUCUUU